AUGAAUAAAGACUUAUUAUGGUCACUAUGUCCAAAUGAAUAUCUUAAAAGAUUUAUAGAACAAGGCAUACGCCCAGAUGGAAGAACAUCGGAAAUAUCCCGUAGUAUAUGUAUUCAAAAGAAUACAAUACCUAAUUAUGAUUGCUCUGUUUCAAUAAAAGCUGGAAAUUCAUCAUAUAUGGCAGGGAGUACAAAUAAAAUUGCAGCUAAUGAAUCAGAUAGUGAUAUUCAACGUAGAAUUAUUGUUAAUAUAGAUUUUCCUAAGGUUUGUGGACUUACAGUAAGUACUAAUCAAUCUAUAUAUAUAGCAAAUACAAUAAUGGAAUGUUUAAAUGAUACAAGAAUUCUAAAUAAGGACUUGUUGUAUUCGAAAGUUAAUGAUAAGGAUAUAUUUUGGGUAAUAUAUAUAGAUAUAGUAUGUCUAUCUUAUGAUGGAAAUGCUCUAGAUUAUUGUUUCCUUGCAGCUGUAGCUUCCUUAAUAGAUACAAAUAUACCAAAAAAUAUUGAAUGGGAUAAAGAAUAUUCAUGGUAUAGGAUAUCUAGUGAUAAUAUUUCAUUGGAGCCAGGUGAAAAUAUUUAUGAGGACACAAAUGUACAAGAAAACUCUUCAAGUCGUAUACUAAAGUAUAUUCCUAUAUUUGUCUCAUUUCUUUACUUAUCUGGUGGAUAUUGGGUAUGUGAUCCAAGUUAUAUAGAAGAUUCACAAGGUGAUAUGAUAUCAUUUUGUUGUUUAGGGAUUGAAGAAAAAGCUACUUUAGUGACACAGCGUAUUACAAAAUGUGAUACGUGUCUACAAUCUAAUUUAUCUCAUUUAAAGAAUGUUGCAAUUCAACAUGCACUUAAUAUACGUAGAUUGUUAAUUUAG